UCACAGGAAGUAAGUGACUGUUUCCGAGUUGAAAGGUGAAAAACAAAACGUUGAGGACGCGCUAAUAUUAUUUACCUUUUAUUUACUGGAUAUUGUUAUUACGUAAAUAAAACAUGGCAGCGAGUAAAGCGACUAAAGAGAUUUUGGAAAUGGACCUCUAUGCCCUACUCGGAAUCGAAGAGGCAGCUACUUCGAAAGACAUUAAGAAAGCAUACAGGCAGAAAGCACUGAAAUGCCAUCCGGACAAAAACCCUGACAAUCCCAAAGCAGCUGAACUGUUCCACCAGCUUUCUCAGGCUUUAGAGAUCCUCACAGAUGCUGCAGCUCGCGCUGCCUAUGACAAGGUACGAGCAGCCAAGAGGGCGGCCGAGGAGAGGACACGGAAACUCGACGACAAACGCAAGAAAAUAAAACUCGACUUAGAGGCCCGUGAAAGAGAAGCUGAGGCAGAGAGUACAAGAGAGGUCAAAGUUACACGAACACUUGAAGAGGAGAUUGCGCGGUUGAGAGAGGAGGGUUCCAAACAGCUUGCGGAGGAGCAGAGACUCAUCCAAGAGCAGAUUGACAGACAAAGAGCGGCCAGAUUACAAACAGACAGCUCAUACACAGAUGGCGGUAUCGGAGUCCAUAGAAGUGACGGUACAACGCCCAAACUAAAACUGAAGUGGAAGAGUAAGAAGGAAGAUGAGAAGAAUGGAGGCUAUUCGCAGGAGUUUCUGUUAAGCUUGCUCCAAAAGUAUGGGGAUGUACAGAAUGUCGUCAUGUCAAGCAAGAAGAGAGGAAGUGCUGUUGCGGAGUUUGCAUCCAUUAAAGCUGCGGAGCUGGCGUUCCGGAAUGAGAGUGGGCUGACGGGUAAUCCGCUGAAGAUCUCAUGGCUCGAGGGGCAGCCUGCACCUGCGCCCGAAAACACACACCCCUCUGCAGCCCCCGGUGGUCUGUUUGCACAGGGCUCCCUGACGUCGGGCCGUGACUAUGAGAGUCUGGUGCUGAUGAGGAUGCGGCAGGCGGCCGAGAGGCAGCGGCUCAUCGAGGAGAUGCAGAAGGAGGAUGAGGACGACUGACAAGACAAUAACACUGCAUCCUAUUGGUUUACUCCGAACCAGCAAACCAGUGAUGAGGUGUUUGAUUGGUCCAGGUGUUUUGUCUUUUUUUAUGGGCAUGUAUUCAGGAUGUGGCACACUACUACCAGACAGGGAGAGGGUGCAAGUAUUUCCUUCAAACUCGCCUCCUUUCUUUUCUCCUCUCUCCUUUUUGCAGACUUGGAUGAAGUCGCUUUUAUACUUGACAAUCAUUGAAUAUUUAAACUAUACAGUAAACUUGAUAUAUCUGGAAAAGAAGCCAAACCUUCAUGAAGAAAUUCGUUGAUGUUUCAAAGUUGGUUCAACAACAAGGGUUAUCUUUGAGAUAGAUCACGACUGUGUUUUAAAUGUCAAGUUGAAUGUCCAAUAUAAAACGGAUUUUUACUCAAGUCGACAACGAGAACAGAGUUUCGAGGAAUUUCUUGCACCCGAUAUGGGACACUCGGCCUCAAAUGGCUUUAGUUUCAUAAAGCCUUGCUGCUUAGUGCCAUGAAUUUUAAGUUUGUAUUUUUUUUAUCUGUAAUUUAAUUUUGUGUGGGGGGGCUGGAAUAAAUUGUGUGUAUGUUUU